AUGGAAGUUAGACCAUAUCAAGGCGGCAGAUUCGAGGUAUGUUUUUAUGUUAUUCUAUUUUUUGGAGUAGGGAUAAAUUCAAUUACCUAAAAUUUAUUUCCGUAAAAACAGAUCUAUCAAAGAGAAAUUAACUUGAGAAAAAAAUUUAGCUAAACUUUUUUUUUUGAAUAAAAAAUGUCUGAGAAAAGUGGCAGAUGAUAAAUAUUAUGGGAAAAAUUUACAUCACUUUUUGUUUUUGGAAGUAUGAAUUGGUGACGAAAUCAGGAGAAUAUCAGAGAUUAUUCUCACUUUCAGAAGAUUUUUCUUGGAAAUUUUUUUAACUACUAUGCAAGAUUUUUGAUAAUCGGGAAGUCAUCAAGAGAUUUUAUCGGAAGAGUUCUGACAUGAAAGAAUAUUAAAGCUCCAUUUUGAAGCUAAUAAGGAAAAUGAACACAUGAGCUAAUAGUCAAAACCUGAAGAUUUUUUCAAAAAUAAAUGAAACUUGGAUCUGAAACUUGAAUUCCUUUAAAUAUCAAGUUGAAAUACUUCAAGCUGAUCAAAUAGAGUUCUUCAAUUGAUUUUUUGAAAAUCAUUAUUCCAAUUUUUUAAAAUGUUUCGGGAACAAUGAAUUGUUUCUCUCUUUCGAAGUUCGAGGAAAAUCAAAUGAAUCUUUCUGAAGUUUUCAGAUGAAAUUCAGAGUCAGACUAGAAUCGGACAAACUUUUGAGUUUUUACAUCUACCUUUCUAUGUCCAUUUUUUUGAAAAAUCUAAAAGUUACCAAUUUCUCAAUAAUAUAGUUAGGUUUUCAGAAAUAUGUUUCCAAAUUUCUCAUAUCAUUUCACAUUUGCUUUUUAAGGAUUCUGAAACGUCAAGAUAAUUAUCAGAAACUGUUUGAUGUUAUCAUUUGAUGGACAUUAUUAUCAAUCCUAGGAAGUUGUUGAACUUUUCUUUUAUUCUCAAUAAUCAUGUUUACUUAAAAGAGUCUAGUUUUCACAAAGGUUGUAUGUAAUAUAAGAAAAAAACUUGUAAGAACAAAUAAAUUAACAAGCAUACAUUUUUUGUUUGCUAAUAGUUAUAAAAAUAGAUUUUCUUCAGAGGGAAAAUAUCAUUUGGAAAUUCUUGCUUAAAGCUGUAUGAAAAGUUGAAUCCCAGUUAACGCGUGACACGUGUGAUUGGGAUUUUUUUUAAAUAUUAAAAUACGAGCCGCUGCAGCUCUUUUAUGGGCUCAAAUAUCAGUCAAAUAAAAAACAAUUUCAGAAAAUCGGUUCCGAAGAAGCGCAUACGAUCGAAACAUUUGAGCGAAAAAUUCAUGGAACUCCACACAGUGAAGUAAUUUUUUCAAACUAACUUUGAUAUUUUCCCAUACAAUAUUUUCAGCCUCAACGACAAGUUUCAUCAAAACAAUAUACUGAAAGACGAACCUAUGGAAGAGAUGAAAAUGGAGAAAUUGUAGUAAAAGUGGAGAGAGAUGUGAGUCCACCGUAGUCAAGGAAAUUUUUGAUUUAUAUAUUUUUUCUCACCAAAAACACUAACAAUAAAAAAUGAGAAGAAAAAUGAAUAAAACUGGAUAAUUUAUAGCCAUCUGAUCCUGUGAGACCAGCCUCACCAGUUCGACCAAUUUCACCAGUGGGUGGAGAUAGUAUGGCCAGACAUUUGUUACAAGUAAGUCGCUCAGAAAACGUGAGAAAAUUCAGUGAUAAAUUCUGGAUAACUCAUAUAAAUAACAAAAAUCAGCUAAUCGUGAGAAAAUGUGUUGCAAGAAUAGGAAAAAAUAGGUUUUUUCCGCCCAUUUUGAGCUUGUUUAGCCUCUUUUUUUCAAUGAAGAAAAAUAGGAACUGCUUAAACAAGUUCAAUGUUCUCGGAACAAAAGAAAACAUUUUGCAAGAAAGUAAUACUGUACUCAAAAAUUGAGAACAUAUCAAUUACAUUAAAAUAGAAACCCAUAAUUUAUUGGAAGUGAGAAUAAUUUCAAAACAUUAUUUUUCAUGACAAAAUCAAUCAUAAUGACGUGGAAAAAAUAGAGUACUUUAGAUCUUAUUGUUAUUAAUAUUUUACAGAAUCUACAGGUCUUUGAUCUGCUGUACCUAUAAUUUAUAUACAAUCCAUUUGAAAAUGCAAAACCCUUAAUUUAAUUUCCAUAGGUUAUGAGAGAAAAAUGACGUGGGUUCAGUGAUGUGAAGCCUUUUUUUCAAACUGACGUGGAAAUGUUAUUUGGUGUUCUGCAUACAUAUUUAUAGUUAUGCUGAAGUAUUUCGAAAUUUUUAAACAUAGUUCAAAAAAUGAUUUUUGCUAACAAUAAGAUAAGAAACAAAUAAUAAGGUAGAAGAGCUUUAGAUUAUUCUGUGCCAAGAGUUACAAUAAAGGAAUGUUCCAACUUCAACAAAUGAAUAAAGCUAUUCCUCUAAAAAAUGCUCAAAAUUUCUUCAAAAAUACUAAAAUUCAAAAUUGUGAAUUGAAGCGCCUAUUGUUCUUUAAUGGGAAUGAAAUUGACGCAAUAUUAUAUCGUCCUAUGGUAUCUAUUCACACAAAUACAUUACAAAUUAUAGAGUACUUUUUUGAGGAGAAGUUUCAAAUUAAAUGUAAGGGUUUUUCCCAAGAUUAGAAACUACUAUUCUUCCUUAUUUCAUGAAGAUGAAAGAUAUCUAAAAUAGUAGAAAAACGAAAAAAAAUUCUAGGCACAGUAAUUAAAAAGUUUUUCGAUGACUAACUGAGAAAAAUAAUGAGUGAUGUUUGAAGCCUAUUCAACCCCUUCACAUCCCACGAAUUGAUAUUCAACCGGCAAAUUCAUCAAGAAAUGCAUCACCACGAAAUCGACAUUAUGGUAUGUUUCCGGAUUAAACAAAUAUGUGCAUUUUUAAAAAAUGCACAUAUUCACAUCAAAAUACAAAAUAUUAAACAUUUGUGUUCUUCGGAAGAAAAAAAGGAAAAUAUGUUGAAAAUAAUAAAAGUUAAUCCAAUAUUCCUGGAAAUGAAAAGAAUUAUAUAUUUAAAGGUAGAUGUUCUCUAAUUUUUGGAUAAAAACAGAAAAAAAGACCUUUGGCUUUUUGUAAUUCCAUUUUCCUUAUUUUCAACAAAAAGUGCAUAUUUUAUUGCGAUUUGACAUCAGACAGAAAUUAAUUUUCGAAAAACAAGGAUUUUUCAAAAAUUGGAAAAAAGUGGAUUUUUUAGAUGAAGUAUCACCAAGAUCAGGAUCAAUCAAUAUUUUAUCGCCACGUUCAGCCUCGUCAAGAUCAGGAGCUGCUUCGAGAAAUAGUAACAUAAGCGUUAAUUCAGCCAACUUGCCAAUGAAAAAGGUUUGUUAUGGAAAGUUUGAAAAACAUCGAAAUUUGAAAUAGUCAUAAAUACUCGAAUUUUAGAAGUAAUGAAAUUCAGCACGAAAUUAAGCGAGAAAAAUAUAUAAAUAACUUGACAAAUUAUCUUAUGUAUUUGUACCACCCAAAAAAGUUUUCAAUUAAACUCCAAACACUUUCUCAAAAAUAAAAAACUCCGGAAAUUUUCUCACUGUAUUUUUUUCUCAAAAUUGAUAAUAAUAAUAUACAUCUGCAUAGUCAUAUUACUCACAAAAUUUCUCAACACUAUCAUUAAAUUUGAGAUGUGAUAUGGUAUUAGGUGAACUUUUUGAAACGUACUCUAACGUUUUCAAAAUCAUGUGAUAUAUAUUUUUGACCGACGUCAAUCAAGAUUGGAGAACAAACUUUAUGAAUAACAAUUGAAAAUAAAAGGGGUGUAUUUUUGGUUUGAGGAAAUUGUGCAGAUUAGAUUUGAACUAAUCCAAAGCUCAUUUUUCAUUAUGUGUGAUCUUUCAAAAAAUUGUACUUGGAAACAUUUUUGAAACAUCAUGUUCCUUUAAAAAAUAUAUAACAAGAAAAAAUCGAAGUUCAGGAAAAGAAUUAUUACAUUAAAAGCUAGAGCAUCCUGCAAAACCAAGGGAACCCAUAAUUUUGAUCAUAUUUUUUGAAAUUUCAAGCUGUCCAGUUUUCCCCAAAUCCGUUAAAAAUUACCUUUCAUUUCAACGCCACGAAAAACCCAGACUCUCCCAAAAAUAGGAAACAGACUUUCUAGUUGAGAAAAUUCAACAAACAUGUUGUUUUUCUGCUGACUUCAAACUUGAAGACUCGAAAACCACUUGAAAAUUUUGACACAUCCCACGGAAAAAGUAUGUAUUUUGGUCGUGAUGUGUUCAAUUCAAAAAAAAAAAAGAAAAACACGUACAUAAUUUGAAAAAAAAUGGAUUUUUUCAGGUCACCAAAAAAUCGCGUUGGGUUUCGAUUCAUGAUGGAAGACCAGUUUCGCCAUAUCGUGAGAGUGUUUCGUAUGAAGUUGCAAUUCCAAUUCAACCGGAUAGAUAUUCCAGGUUUGAACUUCGGAACAGUUUUUGAUAACUCAAAAAAAGAGUAUUCAAAAUGAAAUCGAACUUCUUCCUAAAUUAAAACAACUAUGCAAACUUUGAAACAGCAGUGUUUGUGAUGUAGAAAAAUCUAUUUGUUGCAUCUUCAAAGUUUUCACAUGGUUUCAGUUGGAGAAUUUCAAACUUUCAGAAUUUCAAAACAAAUUCUUAAAUUUAUCAAUUUUUUUUUCAUUUUCAUUAUUCACGUUAAAUCAAAAUUUAUGAAAUCGUACCAUAUUCCUUCAGAACCCCAAUUUUUGCAGUCUUUCUGCUCGUUCCGUCUCAGUUUCUCCAUACCAAUCAAGAAUACCAAGUGAAUGCGCCUAUUUGAUGGAAAAUCCCCUUUAUCAAGAAUAA